AUGCCGCCUAAAGCUAGACUCGAACAAGAUGCUUUUGAAAAAGCACUUCAAGCACUUAGCACUGAUGAAGUCGCUUUCUUAGAUAGAGCUACACCAUUAUCAGACAUAUGGGGUCAUCUUUGUCUUUUAAUGGGUAAAGCAAACAACAAAAAAAAUCAACGUGCAUGCUUUGAUCUAUGGAAUCGCAAGCAAUACCAAUUGCACAAUAUUGUGAAUAAUACUUUGCAGACACAACAAUCGGAUAUACCUGUAACUCAUGAUAUUACUCAAGCAAUUUCAUCAGAUUUAGCAACUCAUACAGCCACUGCAACUAAUAACGAAAUCAAACAAGUACAUUGUUCAUCACUAAGCGCAACAGAAGAACAAUAUCAAGAGUUCAUGAAACAGUUAUGCGAACUUUUAUAUCAACAACAAAAGAAUAUUCCUGUGAUAUGUACUCAUGAUGUUCAUUCUGUACGCUGUUCCGGUGAUAUUGUUGCUAUUAAAAUUCUUUGCAAAUGUGCCGAAUCAUCUGAUAACUUAAAUAAUCAAAUGAAAAAAUCAUCAGAUAUUCAUUUAUCAAAUGAUAGCGAUGAGAAAUAUUCUAAAGCCGGAAAGAAUGUAAACCGUGACUCACCUAAUCCUCAAUUGAAUCAAAUAAUAAGUAAUAAUCGAGAUUUUCAGGAUAAAGAUAUAGAAUCAUCAAUUGACAUUAUGAAUACUACAAGUGCAACUAUAUCACCUAUUCAUACUCCACCUCGGUUGUUUAUGUCACCGACAUCAUCAUCAUCAUCAGUAAUUGAUUUGAUAAAUAAUGAUUUUCAAAAAAUAACUUUUAUUUAUAAUACAUAG